AUGACUGACAAAUUCGAAAUAUUGUUCCACGCUCGUGGCCUAAACAAUGCGCGUACGUCCUCUCCCUCUUCACCGACCCGCGAUCGAUCUCUCAGCGACGGCAGCACCCAAAGUACGCACGACUACCUCGAAAUCCCCAGUCAAACGAACACUCCUACGAUACCACACUCCCUUAUUUCACCCGCUUUCACCCCUCCAGCUACCCCUUACAGCCUCACAAAUGCUUACCUGCCGACUAAAUUGUCGUCAUCGACGACAGAGUAUAGAGAUCGCAUGGUCAAUACGAAGCCACCCAAAUUGCUACCACGCCUACCAAAGGUUGAAUGUAUCGUUCGUGCGCGUAUCCCGACAACGGGGGGUGCGGAAAUGUUUCUGCAUCUCUAUCACAAUGAUGCGGAUAAUAAGGAACACUUGGCAAUCGUGUUUGGAAGCUCGAUUCAUAGCCGGAGUUUGAAUAGGGUGCGACCCGGGGAGACGGAGAUGGAUCGCAUGAUUCGUGGGGCGUAUGUGGGGAGAUUGUAUCCGGGGAGGCAGAAUAGCAGGUUUGAUGGAGGAAUGGUUGACAGGAAAAGCUCGUAUGACUCUCAGGGAGCUGUGCACAAAGGACGUCUUCUCAACGGGUGGCGUUGA